CGCGGACUACCACCGCACCCUCCGUUCCACCACCAACGCCCAACACCAUGAUUCCCGCGAAGCGUGUUGCAGCUCUCUCAAGCGUGGCGCGGGCCCCCGCUGUCGCUCUCCCCGCACGUGCUUACUCCAAGACACUCUCGGCCCGGCCCGUACCCCGCACUCUGCCACCGCGAUCGACCCCGGGCAUUUCUCAGUCUCAUCGAGGGAACGUGCUUGUGCAGCGCCGAGGGUUCGCAUCAGAAACCAAACCCGGCGCGCGCCGGCCGCACUUUGACAAGAUCCUCAUCGCGAAUCGCGGCGAGAUCGCGUGCCGCGUCAUCCGGACCGCGCGCAAGCUGGGCAUCAAGACGGUUGCGGUGUACAGUGACGUCGACGCCGACUCGCUCCAUGUCAAACUGGCGAGUGCGAUGCAGGGUGAAUAUCCCGACAGCUACCUCCGGAUGGACAAAAUCAUCGACGUAUGUCGCAUAAGUGGUGCUCAGGCCGUCCAUCCUGGCUACGGCUUUUUGAGUGAAAAUGCGCAAUUUUCCGAUGAGCUUGCGAAAGCAGGUAUCGUGUUCAUCGGUCCACCAGCUCAGGCGAUCAUCAGUAUGGGCUCUAAAAGUGAAUCGAAGAAUAUUAUGUCUGCUGCCGGUGUUCCGUGCGUUCCCGGAUAUCACGGGGAUAAACAAGACCCGCAAUUUCUGUUCGAGCAGGCCCAGCAAAUCGGCUUCCCGAUCCUCAUCAAAGCGAUCCACGGUGGCGGAGGGAAGGGCAUGCGGACGGUCACCGAGCCCACCUUCGCCGCGUUCCAGGAGGGCCUGUCCUCAGCCCAGCGAGAAUCGUCGAAAGCCUUUGGCAACGAUACCGUGCUGAUCGAAAAAUUCAUCGAGCGCCCGAGACAUGUUGAGGUGCAGGUCUUCGCGGACACUCUGGGCGGUGUAGUCAGCUUGUGGGAGCGCGACUGCUCGGUUCAGAGACGCAAUCAGAAGAUCAUCGAAGAGGCGCCUGCUCCAGGGCUGAGCGCUGAGCUUCGUGCGGAUCUCAGUGCGAAAGCGAUCGCUGCAGCGAGGGCCGUGGAUUACGUCGGUGCCGGAACAGUCGAGUUUAUCUUCGACAACGACACGGGGAAAUUCUACUUUAUGGAGAUGAACACUCGUUUGCAAGUCGAACAUCCAGUGACUGAGAUGGUAACUGGGCUGGAUCUGGUUGAAUGGCAACUUGAAGUUGCGGCGGGGAACCCUCUCCCACUGGCCCAGUCUUCCAUCCCUCUAGUCGGACACGCAUUCGAGGCCCGGAUUUACGCCGAAAACCCACGAAACAACUUCCUCCCCGACUCUGGCACUUUGCUGCAUCUCUCGACGCCCGCGCCCACGCAUAUAUUCGCGACGCCGUUCCCCCCGAUGACGUCCGAUCGCGAGCUGAUCCCGUCAGCAUCAUCUGACGCGCUGAUGGCCGUCGAGCCUGCGGUGCGAUUGGAGCAAGGGUUUGGCCAGGGCGCACAGAUCGGCGUGUUCUACGACCCGAUGAUCGCGAAACUUGUUGUACACGGCCGCGAUCGCACCGAGGCGCUGCGGCUGCUGAGGAAGGCCCUGGAGGAGUAUCACGUGGUUGGCGUGUCAACCAAUGUUGAGUUUCUCCGGACUUUGGCGGGGAAUCAAGCUUUCAUCGACGAGGAGGUUGAGACUGGUUUCAUUUCCGUAAGAUUUUUUUUGUCUCUGUCGAGCGGGAGUUUGAUCGGAUCUCUCAAGAAACACUUCGAUGAACUGUUCCCUCGUGUUGUCCAGCCUUCGCCCGAGCUGCUGGCUCAGACAGCGCUGUUUAUUGCAUUGAGAGACCAGCCUCUGCAGACCCCAUCACCCUGGUCGUCGCUUGUCUCUCGGCGGUUCGGGGGCGACGUUUACGAGCGGACAAUCACCUUCCAACAAGACGAAACCACGAUGACGGUGGCCGUUAGAUCCACACCGCAGGGCACCUUCGAUAUCGACGUCCGCGCAGGUGAUACCGCGACAGAGUUCCACUCUGUCUCUGGGGAGCUGCUGUCUGCGACCACCCUGCUUUCGACUGUCAACGGACAGCGGUCGCGUGCGACUGUCGUUUCCCAGCCACCGCCGCCGGGGUUACCCGCUUCUGGGGCGUCCAACACAACUGAGCGCAUCCACAUCUUCUCGGAUGGAUGUAAGACGACGCUGAGUAUCCCGUCGCCGAAAUGGCUCCUUUCGCUAAGCGAGGACGUGCUCGGCGCGGCGAAAGGUGCGCUGCGAGCGCCGAUGCCGAGUCUUGUUGUGGAGGUGCGCGUGAAGGUCGGUGAUCGGGUCGAGAAGGGCCAAGCGGUGGUUGUUUUGGAGAGCAUGAAGACGGAGACGGUGUUGAGGGCUGAUUUCGCCGGUGUGGUGAAGACUGUUGGGUGUAAGAAUGGCGAGAUGGUUGAGGAAGGCCGAGAAUUAGUUGACAUUGAGCAGGAGGCGGAAGGGGACUCGGCUUGA